AUGGAUGUGAAAGAUAUUUUUCUUCAAGAGCUACAAGUGGAUAGCAUUCAUCCAUCCGUUGACAAAGCACAACAUAAGCUAUUCAUCGCGAUAAAGAAAGGCGAUUUAGAUAAAGUAAGGGGAAUUUUAAGCUCCUUUCCAGAAAAAUACGACCUUGAUCGUCUAUACGAUUUUGGUAAAACCGCUUUACAAGUGGCAGCAGACAUAAAGGAUGUUUCCGUUCGAACCCAUAUGGUUAGAGUCUUAUUGAAUGGCGGGGCUAGCUUAGAGGUUGGUUUGCUACAAGCGGUACAUGAUGGUGACACAAAAACCGUGCAGAUUCUGCUUCAGUUCAAUGCAAGCCACUCGAAGCCCUCAUCGCGUGCGUUUUCCUUUCAAGGUGAAACCGCCUAUGUAACUCCGCUGAUCCUUGCGGCCUGUUUGCAGGAUUUUCAACUUAUCAAGCUGCUGUUGGAUCAUGGAUUCACCAUAAGCGACCCUAAUAAUAUCUGGUGUUCAAAACGUUCUAACGAAACAGCUGGCGAAAAGUUUGGCCCAUCUGUGUAUCGUUUAAACAGAUACCGCGCUCUUGCCAGCCCCAUGUUUAUAGGCGCGUCAUUUCUUCAGAACGUACAGAGUGGUCCGGACCCCAUUCACCGCGCGUGCGCAAUGAGCAAAGAGCUUCGGGACACAGCUGAGCAAGAAUACGAGUUCAGUAGCGAGUAUAUUGAGCUUAGUGAUGGCUGUGAAGGAUUUGCUGUCGGACUCUUGAAUGAAUGUCGGACAAUGGAAGAAAUAAGAUGUGUGAUGCAGAUAAAAAACAAAGGAGAACUGCCCCCAGAUUCCGAGGAAAAUGCAUUAAAUAUGCUAGAAUUUGCUAUUUCUACAACAAAUAGAAAGGUAUGAGAGACAUUCUUUUUUUACCUUAAUACGUUCGUCAAUUCAUUAUCCGGUUAGAUGAGAUGUACUCUCAUGAUUGGCUCAUCCAGUAGGAAAAGUCUUGUAGGGAGUCUGUACACACAGGUUUCAAUAUGCUUCUCUUUGAUUUAGUUUUGAUACUCGAGGCAGCACACUGUGUAUCCAGCUGACUAUAUCAUCAUCAUCAUCAUUACUGCCUGUUACAAAUGUUAGUUAUCAUGAAUAGCUUACGAAGGUUUAAAAGUUUAACGGGAAACGCAACCCAUAUAUCGCGGCAAUUAGAGCUGCUGUCGGCAGUUUUACGACAAUUUUCUUUUUCAUAUUGCAGUUUGUCAGUCAUCCUUUCAGUCAGCUGAUUUUAAACACAGAAGUCUACAGAAAUGUUCCGUUCCUGGAGAAAAGUGCCUUGAAACAAGCUGUGCUAAUACUUCUUACAACCGUGCUGUAUCCGUUGGUGUUUAUAGUUUGGCUUGUUUUUGAAAGCUGCUUUCCAAGACAUGAAGUGUCCAGAAUGUUCCAUUCUCCAUGUGCAAAGUUCCUCAUCUUCUGCGGUUCUCACCAAACGUUUCUUGUCCUACUGGCUGUCACAUCAUUCCACUCUGCCUUUCUUGGGUACACCAUUGUUGGUAAGAGAAAAAGAGGAGAAUAACUGUAGUAUGGUUUGAAUGCAAUAAUCGAAAUCUAACAUUUUUAGACAAAAUUUGGUAAUAAGCUUGUACCAAGUCUUAUUUGCAAAAACCAGUUGUUCAAAUUAAAAUUAACAAUUUAUUAUAACCGCAAAAUAAACAGUUUGUACAAUUAAGCAGAACUGAAGAAAACUGUAGGCCCUCAUCUAUUUUUCUUCUGAAUUGUCUCUUGAGGGAGGAAUCUCGCCUUCAAUUGGCGAAUGACUAAACUGUUCGUUCAAACACGGUAACAUUGUGUGAUUUAGCACCUUAGCCUCAGAGCUUAAGACGAAUUCUUGACAAGAUCGAAAGUUUGCUUAAAACUUUGUUUGCGAAUCUAAAAAUUUCACAUUAGUAGAAAGUAAAAAGAUUGUUUGAUUAUAUUGUUCUUUUAUUUCUUUUGGCUUUCUACAUUGUAUCCUUUAGAUUGGGCAGUUUUUGUAUUUGUCAUCGGUUACCUCGUAGACAUUGUCAAAGACAUUCUCCAACAAGGAAGAUCUCGCUUCUUUUCUUACUACUGGAACUUUCUGGCUGUAGUCUCAACUACGCUAUUUGUUAUUCACUACAUCAUUUGGUGGACAAGCCGAGUGGCCCUGGAUAACACACUACAUUCUGCUGAAUGGUCGAAACACGCCGAAAACCGUUCUUACUCUGUGCUGUUAACUUCCGAAAGCUUUAUGGCUCUUGGAAUCCUUAUAGCCUUUACCCGUAACUUCUCAUUCAUUCAAGCGAGCUCCAGCACCGGUCCACUGCUACAUGCGUUCAUUCAAAUGCUAAUAGAUGUGGCCAAGUUUUUUUUAUAUUUCGUUUUUGUUUUUCUGGCAUUUGCUGUGAGCUUCACUAAAUUGUACUUGCAGUAUCAGAAAGCUAGAGAAUAUUUUCUUCAGAGCCAGGGUGGAGCAAAUCAAACAAUUCCUCUGAACCUAGAAAGGUAUGAUCGAUGUAUAACGCUCCUUCCCCUUGUCGUGAUCAUAAAACCAUGUGCUUUGUCUAAAUCACACUUCACCAAAAAAAUGGUUAAAAAUGAUAUGAUAGGAGUGUGUGGAUCUUACAAAGGUAUGGAAAAACGGAAUCGAUCUGUUUUUGGCUUACCUUUUAGAUUCUAACACUACAGACUAUGUAGUUGACUUGACACGGGCAUCUACGAUGAUGGGCAAAAGUCUUGGGACUCAUUAGCAUUUGUAGGGCUGUUUUCAAUUCGCAUGGCCAUCCCCUCCCUCAACCCCACAAACAACGCUAAACACGUAUAUCCAAGUUUCAACAUUGUAUAGGAUGGGGAGGGGGGGGGGGGGGGGGGGGGAGAGAGGGCAAAGAAAAUUGGGAAAGGGAGGCACCAGAAAAAAAUAAAUAAAAUAAAUACAAAUCACUGUCCCAGGGAUUUUUAUCAAGGUUUAGAAAAAAAAUUUUUGGAAUUUACCGUUGCCAUUAAAUUUUUUUUUUUUUUUCUCUUUUUUUUUUUUCUGGUGGUGGGGAAAACUGUUCCGCCCCCUUUACUAUUGUCUCGUCUGCUUCAACCCCCCGCCCCCCCCCCCCCCCACCCACCCCAAAAAAGAGGUAAGACGGAUUAUCAAGGGUGGAAAAGGGUGGGGGGGGGGGGGGGGGGGGGGGGGGGUGGGGGAGAGAGAUGCAAGUAAAUUUGGAAAAGGAUGCACCUAGAAAUAAUAAAUAUAAUGAAUACUCAUCACUGUCCCAUGGACUUUUGUCCAGGAUUGCAUACAUAAGUUUUGGAAUUUACCGUUGCCAUUUAAGAUUUUUUUAUACUUCGCUCUUUUUUCAUUUGUAGAUUUGGAAGCAGUAUGAACACUAUCUUUUGGACGCUGUUUGGUCAAAUAGACGAGAGUAGUUUCAAAAUCAACGAGUCAGGUUACGGUGCCAUAUGGAAAACAGGGAUGACCCUGUUUGGUGCGUUCAACAUUGUAGCUGUCCUUGUGGCUCUUAAUAUGCUGAUUGCAAUACUCAACCAGCGCUAUACGAGUGUAACGGUUAGUAUCGAAAUCAAAUCCCUUUAGAAAGUAUCUCAAGGUCAAAAGGCCUGAGAAAACAGCCGAUAUUCCGCGAAGCCACAACUGGUUUCCCCGCGUGGAGGAGUAAGGUUGGUGUAGUGGUGAGAACACUCCCCUCCCACCAAUGUGGCCUGGGUUAAAACACCCGGCGUCGAAGCCAUACGUGGGUUGAGUUUGUUGUUGGUUCUCUCCAUUGCUCCGAGAGGUUUUUAUCUGGGUACUUCGGUUUCCCCCUCUCCUCAAAACAGACACUUCCAAAUUCCAAUUCAAUCUGGAACGCACGGACAAGUUUAAACGAGUUCAUAUGAACUCCUAAGUGUUCCGUUGGUAAACAAAUUACAAUUUUCAAUUUUACAAAUGACGUCUGAGAAAAAGAAAAUGCACUUUAUUUGAUUGUCAAUAUAUUAAGCUCGAAAGUACUAAUUGGGUACAUUAUUUUGACGUCUGAUACUGGAGAACUGGGACCGCCAUUUUAUGUGGUAAUGAUCAUCCGAGCCAUGCGAGGGUGUAACUGUUUGCAGGGCAAAGGCAGUACCUUCAUUUCUCAGUUAUUUUAAGAUCCUGAAUAUUGGUCGGACUCUAGGAAUCGAACCGGCGACUUUCCGCUCUGUAGUUAAACGAGCGCAGAAAUUCCAUACUGAUGACACAUCACUACCCACAUCGGGGUAGUACUUCUGAUUGAUCAUGCCGCCUGGUAAAUUUGCUUCAACCAAUCAGAAGUACUACCCAGAUCUGGGUAGUGACACGUCAUCAGUAUGGAAUUUCUGUACUCGUUUCUCAGACGUCAUUUUGCGGGGAAAGCAGAGGUGGCAUCUCCAAAUGUCGGUUGAUUUCUUAGGCUAAAGGUCGAACUGAUACCCAGUACUAGCAGAUUAGUGCACCACUUUACCGAUAAGUGGCAAAUUCGGAUAAAUGGCAAACUUUUCCGGAUAGAGAUUCAUCAUACAUCAUACAUUCGAGCAACUCCAAAUGGACAUUUUGCAUAAUACAGUCACUUCUCUUAGUCCCAAACAUCCAAAACUUCAGACCGGACAAUUAACCCUAACCUCUACACCACAGACAUCUUUGUAAUUUGGACAAAUACUAUAUCACCCCAAAAAAGAAAACAAAAAAAAAAGGAAUCAAAUCGCUCAGUAACUUGUCGAACUGGUAAACCAGACCAGUGAUUUUUUCUUAAAGAAAACACGCCUUCGUAUCCCCGAUGUGCGCAUGCUCAAUGACCUUUCGAUUUCUUCACUCAGCCACACUUUAUUUUAGUUUUAACUGAGUUGCAUAUAACCUCAGAAAAGACGCUUUGUGAUAUUUAAAUUAUGCAGAAAUUGUAGGAUACUUAAUGAACAAACUCUUGAGCAUAUCCUUACAAGCGAUCUCAAUAGCCCACUUUCGAUACAUGUAUAUCAAAAUGCUAACAUGACUCCGAGGCUUAACGGACAAAAUUGCACUGAGUCCAAUGUCUCGUAUUCCCAGAGGAGACUUGAGCACCUGAAACCAAAACCAAUUAUAGAAAUAUGACCAGAGAGCCUCGAAGUCAUGUUAGAAUUUUGAUAUAUCGAACAUGGGCUAUUGCUUGGUUACAGCGGUUACCACUAAUAUGCCCCCUCCAAGGUUUUUUUUUCUGUCUCUUGAAACCUGAGUUUUCGUGGACGCCAAUCAACUGUUUCCAUGGUUUUCUCACGCACCCUGACAGAGAAGGUUCCCUUGUCGCUGAAUGAAGGGUGAAGACUUACAAGAAUAAUUUGGAAUGGUGAUUUCGAGUUGCGAGCGUGUAAUGAGAAAAGCUUAUGUGGUUGUAACCUAUAGUGUGUAAAUAAGUCGAUAAUUUGAGUUUUCUCCGACAAACACUCAACAAAUUUGUACUCCUCGUAAUCUUGACAUGAACCAGCGUCAGAUCUUGUGGCAAAAUAUUGCAAAAACGGUUGAAAAGGCCGAAAUGUUCCUCCGAGUGCUCGAGAAACGGAAAAAGAAUUUUCUCUCGGGCAACGCGUGAAAACCAUGGUCACGGUUGAUUGACGUCCGAAGAAACCGAAGGAAAAAAACCUUUGAGGGCGUGCGUUAAUGGUAACCGCUGUAAAUAAAUAAGUCGAGGCUUGGCAGGAAUGCGACACGGUUCCGAUUCGAAAUACAAAUUUAACACUUUGUUGUAACUGACUCCGUGGUAUGCAUGGUUCUGGACAUCGAAGAAUAAUUGAUAUGGUGAUCUUACUGAUAUGAUUUUUAAAUGGUUUACAGGAAAACUUGGACAUCGAGUGGAAGUUCACAAGGACAAAGCUGUGGCUAAACUGGAUUUACAAAAAAGGUGUUCUUCCACCGCCAUUUAACAUCCUGUACGUGUUUCUUCCCGUACGGUGGAUCAUUAAACGUGUUCUCACAAUGUGCAUUCCUGCAGCUUUCUUGGUUAGUAAUGCUUUUCUUAACGACAGGAUUGGAUGAAAACAUUUUUACCACAACUGGAACUAUGUUUAUAGAUUUAUUUAAUUAACUCAUUGCUUAUAGUUUGUCAUCUAUUUAACUCUGGUCUACGACUCAAACAAUUUUCUUUAACUAUUUAGCUGUUUUUCAAGAAGAUGAUGAAAAAGAAGCCUGGCACGACAUUGAAAGUUAAAAAGAUGGAUGAGCAGCAGGUAUCCAAACUGUUAUUGUACCAAGAGAGUCGCAUACCUUUGAAGCAAAAAAAAGUGCGCAAAUUUUGUCUAACAAAGCACGGAUUUAGCAGAGACACUGCGACUUAAAAUGAAAUAAAUACGGCGGGGCUUGGUAUCAAUCUUGAACCGGCAAAACACGAUCUUUUCUUGGAAUGAAGACUGAUGUGAACUGUGGAAAUACAAAUUUAAAGGUAGAUUUGAUCGUCGCAGUUGUGAUAGGCUGAUAGCAAUUUAAGAGAUUGCAAAUAAUUCGAAAAAGGAAAAAAAAUCACAGGUACUUUAUGUUCAACAAAAAAGCUGAAAAGUAGUAAUUCAGACAAGCAUUAAAAUGUUAAAGGUUUCUUUUUUUCUUUUUUGUUAGAGGAGAGAAGUGUUAAGACAUCUUUGCUUGAGAUACUUGGCCAAGAAAUCCCGUUAUUCUGAGACCGAAAACAAGAGAAGGGACUCAGAGGAUGAGAACGACAACAAAGCUCCCUUGAAACACAACAUGAACACAGACCAAAUGCCAAAGGAGAUUGAAACCAUGGAUACAUCUAAGCUAGUGAUAAGGAGAAAAGGAGGAACCAAGCUGUAG